CACAGACAGACACACACACGUGAGAGAGAGAUCACAUUUUUGAAUGAUUGUGUAAGUGUGUGUGUGAGCCACAUUUUCCUCUUUGAGGCUAACAGCGAUGGACCACAUCCCCUUUAGAGGAAAUAAAUAUCAGUCAGAGCAGGCAGGCAAACUCCAUUACACCAACAUGAAGGGAAAAGGCCACCUGUUCACUCAUCUACUAGUUCUACUCCUGUGUCUGAUAACAGGUGAGGGGGCAGAGAUCAUCGGUGGAAAUGAAGUGCCCCCCCACUCUCUUCCAUUCAUGGCUCUCCUGCAGAACUCUGAGGGAACAAAAUUCUGUGGCGGCACUCUGAUUGACCUCCAGUGGGUUCUGACUGCAGCACACUGCAACAUUUUUUCGAGGGUGCUGUUGGGGGUGCACUCCCGCUCAAAGUCAGAGAUGGAGUACCGACAGCUGGGGAACGUGAAGGACAAAGUUCCUCAUCCCUUAUAUAACCACACAACCAUGGACAAUGACCUCAUGCUGCUGAAGCUUGACAGGAAAGCCAAGAAAACGGAGGCUGUCCAGCCCCUCACACUGCCCCCUCCUGUUCAGGAUGUCCCGGCGGGGACGGGCUGUGUUGUAGCAGGAUGGGGAGUCACCGAAAAUGAUGGUGGAAUGUCAGACGUUUUGAUGUCAGCCAAUGUCACAGUCAUUGACAGAGCCCUGUGCAACUCCAAGGAUUACUACAACCUGGACCCCAUCAUCACCAAUGAAAUGCUGUGUGCUGGGUCUAAGGAUGAGAGUCACGCAGACUCCUGCUAUGGAGACUCCGGAGGUCCACUGCUGUGUGAAGGGAAACUUAGGGGGGUCACCUCAUCUGGGGGGAAACAGUGUGGCGUUAAGGACAAACCAGGUGUCUAUGCUGCACUCACCAAGGAACAGACACAAUGGAUCCGCAAGACCAUUGAAAGCCUGCUGUGAUGUCAUCCAUAGCUUGUCUUCCAUAUUACUUUUGCAUUCUUCAAAGAAUUAAAUAUUUAUAUUAAUAUGAACAAUUGGACUGCUUGUUGUAAACGUGAUAAAAAAGCUAAAUGGUCACAUUGUUUCCCCUUUUUUGAAAUGUAAUAAUACUUUUUCGUCAUAAUAAACUGAUUGCAAGAUGA